CAGACGUGCAGCCCUGCCUGCGCUCACAGCAUUGUGGACUGAAGCACCCACUUAUCUCUCUGGAGUGUCCUUUUCUUCUUUUGCAAAAAGGGGAUGAUAGUAUCUCGAUUACUACCCAACCCGUGUAAAUUCUGUUCUCCCUUUCUCCCCCAGCUCCCAUCUCUGUGGUCUGCACGAAGCUUCCGCAGGUGUGAAAGAGUUCGAGGUUCUAGAAACUGUAUUAAAUGCCAGCUUCUUCAUCUGCCAGUUUACGAUGGUUCCAUGAUACAUAAUCUCUAUGAGUUUUGUUUGUUUUAUUUGUAAAGUGAAUCUUUAAAUACCUUCUCCGGGGUAGGAAAUACGAGAUACUGUAUGUAAAGUGCUGCCCACCUCCUUUCCUUACCUCUACUGCUUCUGCCCAUUCUUCAAGGCCCAUCUAAAGUCAGAAGAAUCAAAAUCAGAACUCCACCUUCUCCUUGAGGCCUUUCUUAACAACUGCAACCCCAGUCUGCACCAUUCUUGCAAAUUCUCAUUGUACUUGUCCCUGUACCAGCUCCUGUAUCCAUUAUAUUUACCAAACACAAUUCCAGAGACAUAGGAAGCACCCUAUGGAGCAGAUUAAAAGGGCAAAUAAACUGUUUACGAAUGAUUGUAUAUUUCUGAAGAAAACUUUGAACAUCCCAGUUAUAUCAGAGAAGCCUUUGUUGUUUAAUGGACUUAACUCAAUAGAUUCUCCAGAAAAUGAAACUGUUGAUAGCAGUUUUUCUCAUGAAGAAGAGCCAGCAGCAGCGGGGGAAGACCUUUCUCCUUCCAGUCCUCAAGAAUCUGAUGUUCAGCCUGUACAACCUGAAGAAGUGUCAGCUAGAGAUUUCCUGCAGAGACUAGACUUGCAGAUUAAGUUGUCAACACAGGCAGCCAAGAAACUAAAAGAAGAGAGCAGAGAUGAAGAAAGUCCUUAUGCAGCUUCCCUCUAUCACAGUUAGAUGAUCAGGGACAAUAAUCUAACCUGGAUUAAAAGGUGGUUGGAUCAUGAAGAAACCAACAACUAAAGAUUCAAAAGUAUAUACAUCCUUAAAUCACAACCAAAUAGUUUCACCUACUGCAAUUGCACUGACGUGAUUAUUUCCUCCAGCUUUCUAUGAUUUUAAGUCUUUAUUAUGGCAUGAGAGCAAAAUCGUAUCCUAAAGAUCAUCACUUUUGUGGGUGAUGGUAGUUUUUAGACUAGUUUUUGUAAAUACUAGUUAACAUAAAGCAUCAAAGACUAUAUACAUAUUCAAGCUGAAAACAGUGUUUAUCUUCUGAAAAAUCCUAAUGAUGUGAAAUAUAUGGUUGCUGUUUAAGUGAUGCUGAUUUUGCUAUGUGUUUAUAAUUUAAGUGCUAUAUAUAUAUAUAUAUAUUUCGAUAUGUAUUACAUAUUCUGUAUUAAUAUAAAGAACCAAAUUUUGUCUGCUAUUUUGUAAAAAUAAACUACAAAAGCCUGAAUGAGAAAAUAAACUAUGUUUUCAUAUUUGAGUCUGUAAUUUUUUUCAACAAAUAGAAAUAAAAUUGAUUUUUAAAUUAUUUUUGAA